AUGAACAGCAAUCAACAUACAUUAUGUCAUCUAAAUUAGGCAAGCCGACUUAUCAAUAAUAAUGAUUUAAGGAAGCUUCAAUACUCAAAACAAUUAAAAAUAUGUUGUCCUUAGGUUAUAAAUUCCAAAGAUGAAGGAUUACCAAGAUCACUAAAUUUAGACUUACUAUCCUAAUUAGCCUCUUACAAAAUUGCAGAUUUUAUCUCGAAUAAACUCUAAUAAAUUUGUCCACACAUGGUAGGUAUUGUGUUCUAUUUGGAAUUGAUUUAAGAAUGUUAGUCAUAUAAAUCGAGAGUGGUCAGUUUAGUGAUGCAUGGCUUCCUAAUUUUCAAUUUAGCAAUACCUAAUAAUAAAUGA